AUGGAUGAAUCCGCCAAGCUGAAGUGUGUCGUGAUCGGCGCAGGGCCGGUGGGUGCAUUGGCGGGUCUGUACGCUGCAAGGAGAGGGUGGCAAGUGGAGGUCUAUGACUUGAGGCCGGAUCUGCGCGAUGCAUCUACAACGCCCCUCAACUUCACCAAGAGCAUCAACUUGGCGCUCUCGGAACGAGGCAUCAAUGCACUUCGACACUCAGGCUCGCCUGAGCUCCUCGAUGGGAUCAUGAACGAGACAAUUCCAAUGUAUGGGCGCAUGAUCCACAGUCAAGACUCGAAGGGCAGUCUCACUGAGGCCACCCAAGCCUACGAUGUCAAUGGAAGAGCCAUCAACGCCGUUGAUCGAGGAGAUCUUAACACACGUUUGUUGGACGAACUCGACGACAUGCCAAAUGUCAAGCUUCGUUUCGGCCACAAGAUCACUGGUGUGGACUUUCGCCAACGACUCGCUUGGCUGGAACUCAAAGGCACUUCGAGGCGGCCAAGCGAGAAUACUCGCUUCAGCGGGAGACCUGGAAGACCUGAGGAGAUUGAAAUCGAUUUCGACUUGAUUCUGGGCUGCGACGGCGCUCACAGUAGCGUUCGAUUUCAUAUGAUGAAGUUCGCACGCCUGGAUUUCAAGCAAACGUACAUCGAUACGCUGUGGUGCGAGUUUCAAAUCCCACCUGCAGAGGAAGGAGAUGUGAAAACUGCAUCAGCAAAGGAUGGCUUCAGAACAAGCCCGAAUCAUCUACACAUCUGGCCUGGUUCGGACAAGAUGUUCAUUGCCAUCCCAAGCGUUGACAGGACCUUUACCUCGACGUUGUUUGCACCGUCUGGUGAUUUCGAAGCUCUGGAGAGGGACCCAGAGGGUGUCGAGCUUUACUUCAACAAGCACUUCCCAGGAGCCGUUGACCUCAUUGGACCAGAACUGAUCAGAGAGCAGUUCAUGGAGAAUCCUCACCUGCCACUUGUCAAUAUCAAGUGUUCGCCACAUACCUUCGAGGACUGUGGUGUCAUCCUUGGAGAUGCAGCUCAUGCCAUGGUACCAUUCUAUGGGCAAGGUAUGAAUGCUGGGCUCGAGGAUGUGCGGGUCUUGUUCUCUCAUCUGGAUGCCAAUCCGAUGAACGAGGAAGGUCGCGCGAAGGCAUUGAGAGAUUACAACAGCGAACGCAUCGCAGAUGCACACGCCAUCAACGAUCUCUCCUUGUCCAACUUUUACGAUAUGCGCGCUGGUGUGACCUCGAAGGUUGUGCAGCUUCGUAAGAAGAUUGAAGAGUUUCUCUCGGACAAGUUGCCAAGCACAGGUUUCGCCACUCAAUAUAGCAGAGUCAGCUUCAGCAACCAGCGUUAUUCUGAGGUCGUCAAAGUGGUAGAGCGACAGAAGAAGAUUCUGUUGGAAGGAAUGGCAGUCACCUCGAUCUUACCAAUGGUGGGCCUUACUGCUUGCAAUGCGCCUGCGCUGUUUCCCGCGUUUCUUCCUCCAUUCCAUUCAUUACAACUUGAUGAAGUCGUAGCUGACGAGAUGGGCGUUGCGCCUAGCAAAGAAAAGGUCGAUGGUCUAAUAAAACAAGCGCUACAUGAUGAUCUUCAGCGAAGAAAGCUUCAGUAUUCGGUGGAGUCUGACUACGCCGCCGACGAGGAGUACGACUAUGAAUAUGCGCAAGACUAUGAUGACGAGGCGGAAUACGACGUCGACGACACAUCAGUCCAGAGCAUACAACGGCAGCCAUCACUCGCGGUGAAAGCUCGCCCACAAGGAACAUCAGUCGCUCGACAAUGCCUAGAAGACAUACUGCCAGGCUCAGAUGACUACUCGCCCAAGCGCAAAAAGAAAGUGGGACCACUUGGUUGGCAAAUAUGGCAAACAGAGGCGGAAAGAAACGACUUCAUAACAACUGCGCUGAUCGUGCUCUCUUCAAACGGACAGCGACCUAUCGCGAACUCGAAAGUCCAUCUCUUCAUUCUACGGGGUGGCUCGCAUUCGAAAAUGUGGCGCGCCGCUCUCGCAAUCAUGGACGACCUGCCUGAACUGGGUCACUUUCGCGAGGAUAUGCUCCUGCAUACCUUCGCAGCACGGAACUUCGCUCCGAGUAAAAAGGAAGCCUUUCAGCAGCUAGUCUUCGAUAUCGAAGCAAUGCUCGAUGGCCACAUCAAUGAUGCCGAAACCCAUAUCAGCAGGUUCGGUCACCACUUAGGCCGUCAGCAGCUCAAAUACCAGCUCGACAACAGAGUGGUCCAGACUAUUGAGCAAGGCCUUACGCCCGAUCAAGCAGACCUGGGAGCAGCAUUGGCAGGCGUCGAACUGCCGCCUGAAAUCAAACCAGUCUACUCGUCAACGAUAAUACCUCAUAAGAUGAAGGCCAGACAAUCAAUUGGUCCGCGCUACAACGGAUUCAUGGUUGAUGAAGUCGCCAGCAAGAAUCUGGGACCGGAGCAACACAGGACAGGCGUGCUCGGCGGUAACUAUCCUCCCAGCAUGAACACUACUGGAGGCGUUGGUGCAGUCCCAUACGGCCAAUGGAUGCAACCAGUCGGAGAGUCCGGAAACGACCAUUUGCGACUACGAGACAUCCAGCAGAUGCAUCUCAAUUCCGCGCGCAGCAGGUCUGUCACAGCCCGAGCGAGCAUGUCCAGCAUGAACACGAUCCAAACCAUACCAGACGGCACGCCCUCUGCCUCAGCCUCACGUGCAGUAGAAGGGUACUUCCCUACCCACCUCGACCACCAACCUCUUCACAACCUCCACCAACCUGCUCCCUACCGCCCAACCCGCGUCCCACCGCUCUCCCCCUCCGGAAUCUACACCGCCGCCAUGUCCUCCUCAUCCUCCGUCUCCCCUCAAAGCAGCACAACCCCCUCCCCCCGAAACUCCACCAGCUCCGCCUCCUCAAGCAACCACAACGCCGCCUGGAAAACCGGCCAACUCGGCAGCAGUAGUAAAACCUCCCUAGCCCACAGCACAACCUCCCAAAUCGUCGAACCCGCCUGCACACCCCCACCUCAACAUCAACAUCAAUCUCUAGCGGCGAUAAAAAGAAGACAAGACGUGAAAUUUCAACUUCCCGGCAAACCACAACCAAAAUCUAUCUUGAAAGGCUCGCUCGCGAAUCUCCGUCCAUCAGGCCGCCACGCAGAAAAUCGUCCAUUAAACGAUAAAUCCAAUCUGCAAGAAGAGGGACAAAACGAUCAGCAGUUACCAUAUUAUGGAAUGGAGCAAUUGAAACCAGAUGAGGAGCACGAUAAGAUUUUCUAGAAGAUUUUACCAGGAGGGACGGCGCAAAUGCAGCGAAC